ACCUUGCGUAUCCAUGACACAGUUUGCUGUGCUUAGAACACUGCCGGUUUCUCUGUCUUUGGCCGGUCUUGCUCAUGGGACUACAACUGGCGUACUCACAGGAUGUCUGGUCAUAUUGUCAGCGAAGAUACCGACGGCAAGCUAGAACGCUACGUCAGAGGGGAGGGUCUUUUGGCACCAGAUUUCAAGCUUCGACACUUGGCUCUAGCCUGGCUUGUCACAAGCCUCGCUCUCGAAGUGGGCAAACGCCGUUCUCCUAAAUUACCCGCCACGCCGGCCUCAAGCGUGUAUUCUCCAUCCAUAUCAAGAUUUAGACUGGGAAUCUAUGGCGUACUCGGUGCAGAACUCUUUGCGCUUCAUUCCAUAAACAGUAUGAUGGAGCAGGUGAAGAGCAACCGCGAUCUGGGAGAGGUGGCCAGGGUUGGGAGGCAGCAGGGACAAGCAUGGCUUAAGGCUGAAGCCCUUCCUGUCUCUGCGAAGCUGACUUACCCAGACCGGGACCUCGCUCAGCCAGGACUGCCUCCUCCUCCCGGCGAAGGCCUCUCCUACCUUGCAUGGAAGAUCCGCGGACAUGUCUUUUUGGACGACCGCGUAUGGCGACACUUCUACCACACACUGGCCCUGCACUACGCGGAGCAGUACCCGGACAUCACCGCGGCCGACUGGGACGUCUGCGUGACACACUUCUCCAGUGCCGUGCUCGCGGACAGGACGCUCAAGCCUCUGUUUGGCAUCGCGAAGACCUGCGGCUUGGUGUUCUUCGGCACGACGUUGCUGCACACGGUCAUGGCCUUCGCAUGGACGUCGCGCCCCCGCAUCGUUAUCCUCGGUCUGAACGGGAUCGCACGGGCGGCCGUGUACGGCUUCUCGUGUCUGGUUACUAUGCCCCUCUUGCCGUUGGUGCUGCACUAUCGGCGUCCGCUGCAGCUGCAGGAUAAGGCACGCGUUGCGGAGAUGUUGCGCGAGGUGUAUCCGGAUGUCGAGUGAGCGUGCCUGGUUUGCGUUUGCGGGUAGGCCUUCACUUGCCCAUGGUGUGACCUUACAGGGACCGGUAGACGUUGUCUGCGUCGUUCUUUGCUUUUUGAUUCUCUCUCAUAUCGUUAUGUUCUCUGUAUAUAUCCCCACCGCUCCUCGCAUGCUGUAUUUCUUACUCUCUUAUCUAUAUCAUCGUC